AUGGGAUUCCCCACAACAUCUUUGGUGAAUGAAUCUUUGGUUUUUGGUAGAGAUGAUGAUAAACAAAAGGUUGGAACAUUCUUGCUUCCUAGCAGUGCUGCAGAUGAGAAGGUAAUCCCUGUGAUUGCAAUAGUUGGGGUUGCUGGAAUUGGGAAAACUACUUUGGCUCAGCUUUUGUAUAAUGACAAGAAUGUGAGAGAGCAUUUUGAUGUUUUAGUAUGGGUUUAUGUAUCCGAAAAUUUCAACAUUUUCAAGAUUACCAGAACAAUUUUAGAGUCUGUAAUUCGCUCGCAUUACAGUUUCACAGAUUUGAAUUCACUUCAAGUUGAAUUAAAUGAACAGCUGGUAGGGAAGAAACUUUUACUCGUUGCAGAUGAUGUUUGGAAUGAGAAAUUUAUUGACUGGGAUCUAUUGCGUCGGCCACUGGAAGCUGCAGAUCCAGCAAGUCGAAUCCUUGUGACAACACGAAAUCAAGGGGUAGCAAGGAACAUGUGUGCUUUCCACAUUCAUUAUCUUCAACCUUUAUCCAACGAAAGUUGCCAGCAGGUCUUUGCAAAACAUGCAUUUGAAGAUGAAAAUGCUCAUUUCAACAGAGAGCUGCAUUCACUUGCAAAAGAAAUCGUUGGUAAGUGUAAAGGCCUGCCUUUAGUUGCUAAGACACUGGGCUGUCUGCUGCACUCUGUCGUUGAAGUUCAAGAAUGGAAAAGAAUUUUGAACAGCAAAAUAUGGGAUCUGCCUGUUGAUAGGAGCAACAUACUUCCCUCUUUAAGACUCAGUUAUUUCUACCUUCCUGCACACCUAAAACAAUGCUUUGCUUAUUGUUCAAUAUUCCCAAAAGGCUACGCAUUUGAGAAGGAAAAGUUAGUGCUCUUGUGGAUGGCACAGGGUUUCUUGCAACAGCCAAAUGAUAGUGGAAAGACAAUGGAAGAGCUUGGCGAUGAGUAUUUCACUGAACUAUUGAUAAGAUCAUUCUUUCAGGCGAAGGGCGGAUCACGAUUCAUAAUGCAUGACCUUGUAAGUGACUUAUCUGAAUUUACUGCUGGAGAAUUUUGCUUCAAGUAUGAAAAGGAUGUGCUCCAGAAAAUUCCUGAAAGAGCUCGCCAUUUCUCUUAUUUAAGGGACAAUUUUGACAAGCCUAUGAAAUUCGAGGCCUUAUAUGAAGUGUCAUCUCUAAGAACUUUCCUACCAUUGAGCUUAUCAAAUUCUACUCAGUCCUCUAACUUAGACAACAUGACUGCCGAAAACCUGUUGCCAACUCUAAAUUGCUUGCGUGUGUUGUCUCUGUCCCAUUAUAAGAUUACUGCAAUUGGACCUAAUUUUUUCAGAUACUUGACAAAAGUUCGCUACUUGGAUCUUUCCUACACUGAGAUCCGCAAGUUGCCCCCACAAAUUUGUGGUUUGUAUAAUUUGCAGACACUGUUCUUGUCACAUUGCUAUUGGCUCACUGAAUUGCCAGCAGACACGCCGAAUCUGAUUAAUCUGCGAUAUCUUGAUUUGGACGAGACUAAGUUGAGAGAAAUGCCGGUCGGAUUUGGCAGACUGAAAAGCCUUCAAAAACUUACAAGUUGCGUUGUGAGUAAGGAUAGUGGGGCAAGGAUCAGCGAGCUAGGGUCCCUUGUGAAUCUCCAUGGAAAAUUAUCAAUCUUUAAGCUGCAGAAUGUAGAGAAUGCUGAUGAGGCUUCUAGUGCUCAUUUGGAAAACAAGAUACAUCUUAAGGAGAUAGUUUUUGAGUGGGACGGUGAGUCUCGUGAUUUACAGAAGGAAAGAGAAAUUCUGAAGAGCUUGCAACCUAAUGGAGGCAUAGAAAAAAUGACCAUAAGGAGGUACCACGGCAGGGAGUUUCCAGAAUGGUUAGGGGACUCUUACUUGUCUAAAAUGACAGUUCUGUGCCUCAGAGAAUGCCAAAACUGCACAUCCUUGCCCUCACUAGGUCGGCUAACUGCUCUAAAAGAACUCCAUGUUUCUGAUAUGAUGAGUUUAAGAAAGAUAGGUCUUGAAUUUUAUUCAACUGGCUCUAUCUCACCCUUGAAUCCACCAUUUAAAUCGCUCGUUACCUUGUGGUUUGAGAACAUGCCAGUAUGGGAAGACUGGGAAGAUCAUGAAGUUGAAGGAGAUGGUAAAUGGUUCCCGUCCCUUGAAGAACUUUAUUUAUUAAGAUGUCCACAACUGAAUGGCCUACCAAAUUGCUUUAGCUCAUUUCGGUCAAUUCACAUCCAUGAAUGUCCCAGAUUAGAAUGUUCAAGAGAUCAACCACUUGAGCACCAAAGUUUGGCUCACUCAUCACCAAUCGCCACACUACGUGACCGUCCCUUCAUGCAUGUUUAAAU